AGCCGUCAUAUUUCUUAAAAAUCUUAUAUUUUCAUCUAUUCAACAUCGAGAUUUCUACAAUAACUACAAAAAGGUAAGCCGUAACUAGUAAGCCAUUUAUCGAUUUUGACUAAUGUGGCAUUGUCAGGGUUCCGUCGCCGAAACUCUGCCGCCGAUACUCUUCGUUUUGAGGUUUUUUAUGAUCAAAUAUUUAUAAAAUUAUCGUUGUUUAUGAUUCUAUGUUGUAGGCAGUUGAUGCCCUCUCUACUUCCUCAUUGUCGCAAUCUACAAGGGUCUGUACACAAGUACGAAAUUGACAAUUGAAAAUUACUUGCUUUUGUGUGAUUUUGGGUGCCCUCUGUUAUUAUUUUUCAUAUUCGAAUUUAUCAUCCUAAAGACGUUUUGAGACUCUCAGAAGAGUCUUUGCCCCGACAACAUGAGUAGGAUGAUUUGAGUUAUGAUGUCUUCCUUGACGUAUCCAUCAAUAGCCAUUGCAGGAUACGUCGAGAGUGGGCCCGCAAGUGACUCGCAAAACCAUACUUAGUUAUACAACAAUUUACGGUCCUGUUUGCAGCAAGAUGAUGCCCGAUGGAGUCAAGAUCCCGCAGAGCGCGUCCCCGUUGGCGCGCGCCGGCGCCGGGGACAGCACGGCGCGCGGCACCUUGCACGCCACGCCCAGACGCGUUCACCCAGUUCACCCCAAGAAGCAGCUGUUCUCAGCCCCGGUCAGCAAGUUCACCACGAAGCCCUCGGCCCCCAGCUCCAACCUCGUGCGGAUUCGCAGCUGCCUGGACCAGUACCGUGCCGCGCCGGCCAGGCCAGCCAAGAUCGGCCCCAAGGCGGCUUCUAUGGAGGACUUGACUCCUACUAAGAGGAUGAAAAAGGACAGGAUAGAGCCCGACCUGCCAAUGGUCCACUCUUCCGGACUGCGCAGCGUGGCUGAGGAGGAAGCUGCAGCCAGGGUCGGCAGGUUCAUGCUGGUGGCGGCGUGGCGCCGGCGCCGCGACGAGCUGCGUUGCUUGAGGAAGACGCUGGAGUGUCAGGUGUCGUGCUCGGAGCGGCUGCGCAUGCAAGUGAGCGCGCUCAAGAGUCUGCUGGAGUCGGACAGCGCGAAGGUGCGGCUCGCCAUCCGCGAGGUGGAGCGCCUCAAGAGCCUGCUUAAGGACAAGGACCUGGAAAAGGCGGUGCUGGAAAAGGAGAAGAGCGCGCUUGAGCAGGACGUGUGCGCUGCAGAGGACCGCGCGUCCGAGAUGAGCAUCGGUUGGCGGAACUGUCGCAACGAGCUGGAGACUCUCCGCGCCGUCGGCGAGCGCUGCGAGAGGGCGCUGGCGCUGGAGCGGACCGCGCAUCAGGAGGCGCGCGCGCACACCGAGCGAGUGUACUGCCAGCUGUCGUCGCUGGAGGAGGAGCUGUCGCAGCGGGAGGCGCUGCUGGCGGCGGCGCGCGCGCAGUCGGCGGCGCUGCGGCGCGAGCACGACGACGCGCUGGCGCAGCUGCGGCGCGCCGCCGACCAGCUCGAGCUGGAGAGACUCGCCCGCGAGCGCUGCGCUCGCGAGUGCUCCGCGCUGAGCGCGCGCGUAUCGCUGGGCGCGCGCGAGGCGGACGCGCUGCGCGGCUCGCUGGACGAGCUGCGCGCGGAGCUGCAUCGCGUGCGGCUCGAGCUGGCCGACACGCGCGACCAGCUCGCCUGCUGGCCGCGCCCGCUCACCAAAAUGGUGUGUGCGGCUCGCUCGUGGCUCCGUCACCCCAUGUCCAUUCCAGAGGCAGUGUUGUGGUCGUUCAUCCCCGCGCGACACGGCUGCUAGGACUUAGUUUACUCGAGAUCGUGAUACUAUCAGCUUCAGCACUAUUCUGUAACGAUGUUUAUGUAACUCGGUGUGCGCUUCGAACGCGUCUGUAACACUUUUUAUUUUACACUGUAAAAUAAAAAGAGUUAGUGCUAGAGAGAAAAGGAUGGAGAUGAAUUCGAAACUCAAAUUGUCGAGUUAUGAAUACAUCGUUCCAAUAUCACUACAGCUCUUUGCUAAGAAAACUACAGAUUUGUUAUGCGAUUUCUACGAAUCCGAUGAAUCAUAUUGUGACAUAAUUUAAGUAUUUUAUGAAGCAGAAAACUGCAUUAUCAUGUUAAUACUGACGCCCAGACAAUAUUUACAUUUUGUAUAGUUUUGAUUGGUACGCCUUGGUGUAACGACUAUAGACACAGACAAUAUCAUUGGCUUUAGAUUUUCUCGAGGGGCUUCCCCAGCUGCAUUUAGUAACGAUUGAAAUAUCUGUAUUUCUAAGAUUGUUAUUGUUGGAUCAGAAUGUUGUGUACCUACUUGUCAUUAAAAAUAUACCUACAUUAAACAUUAAAAAUAUUAACAUCGGCUUCCGUGAAUGUCAUGAUUUUAAAAACCCAAGCAAUCGAACUUAUCGAUGGAAUGUUUGACUUGAAAAGUUAGUUAUACCUACAUACCUACAUAAUAUGUAAUAUUCUGAGACUUGUAUUUGUUUUUCAUUUUUGAGGAGAUAUUGAGAGGUAAGUGGGUUUUUUUAGUAAUUAUUUAAUUUAGAUUAUCAGGUUAUACCUAGGUAUAUGUAUUUAGUUUGUGAAGCGAUUGUGUACCUAUUACUUAGAUAAGUUUGUAGACUAAGUUUUUUAUAAGAACUAUACUGAUCUCAAUAAAUAUUAUACAGUAUAACAAUGUGUUUGUGUUUAUACUUA